UAUGGAUACAUGACACAGUUGUUUGGGAGAGGAAUAUCUUCAGGAGAGUCGUUUACAAAACUAACAGCGGGAUUAAAACACUUCACUGGCGGACACGGCCGCGAUGGAGGCGGUCCCCCGCAUGCCGAUGAUCUGGCUGGAUCUGAAGGAGGCUGGGGAGUUCCAGUUCAACCCGUCCGUGAGGCAGUUCAUCUUGAAGAAUUAUGGGGAGAAUCCAGACAACUACAAUGAACAGAUGAAGAAACUGGAGACUCUGCGGCAGAGCGCCGUGAACGUGACCAGGGACUUCGAGGGCUGCAGCACUCUGAGGAAGUACUUCGGCCAGCUGCACUACCUCCAGAGCCGCGUGCCCAUGGGAGCCGGCCAGGAGGCCGCCGUGCCCAUCUCAUGGACGGAAAUCUUCUCGGGGAAAACCGUCACACAUGACGAUAUCAGCUACGAGCAGGCCUGCAUCCUCUACAAUCUGGGAGCGCUGCACUCCAUGCUGGGAGCCAUGGACAACAGGGUGUCUGAGGAGGGGAUGAAGGUGUCCUGCACUCACUUCCAGUGCUCGGCCGGGGCGUUCUCCUACCUGAGAGACCAUUUCAGCCACAGCUUCAGCGUCGACAUGAGCCAUCAGAUCCUCAACCUCAACAUCAACCUGAUGCUGGGCCAGGCCCAGGAGUGUCUUCUGGAGAAAUCCAUGUUGGACAACAGGAAGAGCUUCCUGGUGGCUCGUAUCAGCGCUCAGGUGGUGGAUUACUAUAAAGAGGCCUGCAGGGCGCUGGAGAACUCUGAGACGGCCUCCAUGCUGGGAAAGAUCCAGAAAGACUGGAAGAAGCUGGUCCAGAUGAAGAUCUACUACUUUGCUGCUAUUGCACACCUUCACAUGGGAAAACAGGCGGAGGAGCAGCAGAAGUACGGAGAGCGGUUGGCCUACCUGCAGAGCUCUCUGGACAAACUCAACGAAGCCGUCAAGUUAGCCAAGGGUCAACCCGACAGCGUGCAGGAGGCCCUGAGGUUCACCAUGGAUGUGAUCGGUGGAAAGUUUAAUUCAGCCAAGAAGGAUAACGACUUCAUCUACCACGAGACGGUUCCCUCUCUGGAGACUCUGGCCUCGGUCAAAGGCGCUCCGCUGGUCAAGGCUCUGCCGGUCAAUCCCACCGACCCCUCGGUCACCGGACCCGACCUCUUCUGUAAACUCGUGCCCAUGGCCGCUCACGAAGCCUCUUCGCUCUACAGUGAGGAGAAAGCUAAGCUGCUCAGGGACGUCAUGGCCAAGAUCGACAGCAAGAAUGAAACUCUGGAGCAGUUCAUGGACUCUCUGGGUUUGGAGCCGGAGUCCGUGGACAACCUGGACAUGUACAGCCACAUCCCCCCCGUCCUGAUGGAGAAGUGCGCGGCGCUGAGCGUGCGGCCCGACACGGUGAAGAGCCUCAUCCAGUCCAUGCAGGUGCUCUCGGGCGUCUUCACCGACGUGGAGUCUUCGCUGAAGGAGAUCAGAGACGUGCUGGAGGCGGACGAGGCCGGCGAGCGAGCCGUCCAGGAGGCCGGCGGCCCCGCCGCGGCCGACCUGCACCCGGCCGCCCAGAGCCAGGCGCUGGCCGAGAUCCGCAGGGACCUGGAGAAGUACAUGGAGGCUCACGAGAAGGCCAGCUUCACCAACACCGAGCUGCACCGGGCCAUGAACCUGCACAUCAGCAACCUGCGUCUGCUGGGCGGGCCGCUGGAGAGCCUGCAGGAGGCGCUGCCGCGGCCGCAGCUCAGCGAGGAGGAGGUAGCAGGCCUGCAGUGCAUGAAGCGGAUCCUGGGGAAGGUGCAGGAGAUGAGGGAGCAGAGAAGCUCUCUGGAGAAGCAGCUCCGGGACCUGAUCCAGCAGGACGACAUCACCUCCACCCUCGUCACCACCGAGCGAGCCGACAUGAAGCGGAUAUUCGAAGAGCAGCUGAAGAAGUAUGAGCAGGUGAAGGUGUACAUCGACCAGAACCUGGCGGCGCAGGAGAACAUCCUGAAGGCCCUGACCGAGGCCAACGUGCAGUACGCCUCGGUCCGGAAGGGCCUGAGCCAGACGGAGCAGCAGUGGAACGGCACGGUGCAGGGCCUGGUGGGAUCCUACGAGGCCUACGAGGACCUGAUGAAGAAGUCGCAGGAGGGGAAGGAGUUUUACGACGACCUGGAGGCGAAGGCGUCCCGACUGCUGGAGAGAGCCAAGACGCUGUGUCAGACCAGGGAGGAGGAGCGGAAACCCAUCCUGGAAAAAGAGACGCAGAAGAAGCCUCCGGCGCGGCCGACGGCGGCCAAACCCUCGCUGAAGCCCAAAGCUCCGGACGUCGACGCCGCCAUGCCCGGCUACGAGGACCCCGAGCUGGCCCAGCUCAGUGCCGCCAUCCUGGCCCUGGGGGGCGACCUUCCCGAGGACCUGCGCAGCCUGCCCCCCGACCUGUCCUCGCUGCCCCCCGGGGCCGGCCGCCUGCCCGCCGCCGCCGGCUCCUCCCUGCCCUGGCCCGGAGCUCCAGGCGCUACUCUGCCCCGCUUCCCCGCCAACCUGCCCCCCCCAGAGCUGCUGGCACGGAUCGCCCAGUUCCCCACCUCGGGGCCCCUCCCCCGCGGCCCCCUCCCUCAGAUGGCUCCACAGAGGCCUCCUCAGAUGCCGACCCAGGCGAUGGUGCCCGGUUACCGGCCGCCCGCUCCUCAAGUGCCCCAUCCGGGCCCCGUGGCCCCCACCCCCGUCCGGCCCUCCACCACCACGGUGGACAGCGCCAGCUACGCCCCCACCCCGCACCACCCCGUCCCACCCGCGGCCUCCGCCGGCUACAGCGUGCCUCCCCAGAUGGGGGUGUACCCCCCCUUCAUGCCCCAGCCCAGGGUUCCCGUGCCGGCGCAGACGCCGCAGCAGCCCAAACAUCCUCAGCAGUAUCCGCAGCCCCCCCCUCAGGGGUACCAGCCUGGACCCAGGGCCGUUCCCAGCCCCCAGCCCCCCCAGGCCUACCCUCACGGCUACAUGCCCCCCCAGCCUGGCGCUCCUCCUCACUACCAGCAGGCGUUCCCGGGCCCGCUGCAGAACGGCUUCCAGCCACAGAUGCCCCCCGGGUACCAGGCCCCCCAGGGCUACGUGCCCCAGCAGCACCCUCACGUGAUGCCCAGACCGCCUCAGGCUCAGAUGCCCCCCCAGACACCCCCCACCUCUCAAACGGCGCCCCCCGUCUCCCAGCCCUACCUGCCCCACCCCGGCCAGCAGAUGCCCCCCCGGCUGCCCCACCAGCACAUGUUGCCACAGCAGCAGAUCUCGAUGCCCCCCGGUGCCCAGCAGAUCCCCCCCCACCCACAGAUGCAGAUCCCCGGGGGUCCCAGACCACAGAUGCCCCCCACGAGCCAGACGAUGCCCCCGGUGUCACAGAACUACGUACCCCCCACCAGCCAGCCCCUACACCCCCCCCUGCACCCCCAGAUGCCCCCCGCCUCUCAGCCUCAUCUGGUCCCGGGUCCUCAGGUCCACCUCGCCAGGGGCCCGAUGCCCCAAAUGCCUCCUAAUGCCCUCCCCCCGCAGCACCACCCCCACCCUGGGCAGCCUCCGAUACCAAAUAUGCCCCAGCAGCCCAUGCGGAUGCCCGGUCAGCCCCAGCACCCCCACCCCGGGGGGGCCGUCUGCUACCCGGGAGCGGCUCCCAUGAUGCCUCAGCAGCCUCUGGCCCCCCAGCCCGCUGCUGCCCAGCAACCUCAGGCUCCUCUUCCUCUGCCCCACCCCCAGCCCUCCGCCAUGUACCCCUCCCCCCCGGGACCCAGCGUACCUUCAAGUGCCCCCCAGCAGCCCCACGCCCCCCCGGCUCAGCACAUGAUCCAGCCCUCUCCGGGGGGGCCCGCCGCCGCUCAGCCCCCCGGCUCCAUCCCCCCCUCGCCCUCGCCCUCCCCCUCCCCAUCCCCGGGUCCCGGCUCCCUGGGUCUGAACCCCCCCCAGCAGAGGCCCCCGCCGGCCGCCGCCCCGCCCCCUCUGCCCUCUCCCUCCGCCGUCUCCCCCUCCGCCUCGCUGUUCCAGCGGCAGAACUCCAGCACGGACGACCUGCUGUCGUCGAGCCCCGAGAGCCAGCCGGGGGGGGCCCCGGCCCCCGCCAACGUGCUGCAGCCCACCAAGGCCGACCCGCAGGACGGCGAGCGUCGGAAGAAGAGCUGUCAGGGCGUGCUGCUGAUCCAGGGCGACCCGUACCAGGCCCCCGAGCGCGUGGCCCGGCUGCACGGGGACCUGGCCCGCUUCCGGGCCCAGGCGGAGUCCCUGGAGCAGCCGUCGGAGCUGGAGGGCGGCCUGUCGGUGCUGGACGCCCGCUGGAAGGAGCUGCAGGAGCAGCAGGAGAAGGACGCCCGGCAGCUGUCCAUCGCCAUCGCCCGCUGCUACACCAUGAAGAACCGGCACCAGGACGUCAUGCCCUACGACCUCAACCGGGUGGUGCUGCAGUCCGGCAAGGACGACUACAUCAACGCCAGCUACGUGGAGGAGCUGUCGCCGUACUGCCCGCGGCUCAUCGCCACGCAGGCGCCGCUCACCGGCACGGCCGCCGACUUCUGGCUCAUGGUGUACGAGCAGAAGGUGUCGCUGGUGGUCAUGCUGGUGUCGGAGCAGGAGCUGGAGAAGGGAAAGGUCCUGCGGUACUUCCCCACCGAGCGCGGCCAGCAGCUGUCUCAGGGACCGAUCACGCUCAGCCUCACCACGCAGAAGACGGCCCCCACGCACGUGGAGCGCAUGAUCAGCCUUCAGUACCGGGACCAGAGCCUGAAGCGCACCGUGGUCCACCUGCAGUUCACGUCCUGGCCGGAGCUGGGGCUUCCUGACAGCAAGAGCAACCUGCUGCGCUUCAUCCAGGAGGUCCACGGACACUACCUCCACCAGAGGCCCUUACACACACCCGUCGUCGUGCACUGCAGCUCGGGCGUGGGACGCACCGGCGCCUUCUGUCUGCUGUACGCCGCCGUGCAGGAGCUGGAGGCGGGGAACGGCAUCCCGGAGCUCCCCCUGCUGGUGAAGAAGAUGCGGCAGCAGAGGAAGAACAUGCUGCAGGAGAAGCUCCACCUGAAGUUCUGCUAUGAGGCCGUGUUGAAGCACGCCGAGCAGGUUCUCCAGCGCCACGGCGUCGCCCCCGCCUGCGGGAAGAACGCCGGCUCUGCAGCCGCAAAGCAGUCUUACUCCCGCCAGGAGUCGCAGCAGGACCUGGUCCUGGGUGCAGACAUGCCCAUCAGCUCCAUCCAGGCCACCAUCGCCAAGCUGAGCGUCCGGCCACCCAGCGCCACCGACCCCGCCAUGGAGGGCGGCGCCCCCGGCGGGCGGGAGGAGCCGCUCGCCCCCACCCCGCCGUCCUCCGAGUCCCCGGACGACUUCCAGCCGCAGCCAGAGCCCCCGCCCUCUUUCAGCCCCCCGUGCUCCCCACCGCCGCCCAACGGACUGGACGCCGCCGCCGCCGCCGGCUCCUCCCCCUCCACCCCGCCCCCACCCAGCGUCAGCCCGCCCCCCGCCUCCUCCGCCCUGGAGCUGCUGGCCUCGCUGACGCCCGAGGCCUUCUCCAUGGAGGGCGGUGGCGGGCGGGGCAAGCAACGGGUCACCAAGCAGAGCUUCCUGCAGCCGGCGGAGGGUCAGGGUCUGCACGGCGCCGCCGCCACUGCCGACGACCCGCUCAGCAGCCUGGACCCCCUCUGGAGCCUCAACAAGCAGUGAGCGCCGUCGCCACGGAAACGGCUACUCUCUCCACAUCACCAGACCACUAUGCACUCGUCUGCGACGCGCUCCAUUUUUUUUAUUUUUCUACGUAACGCACGGAUCCAGCGGAACUCCCAGCAUGCACUCCUUUCUGGGCCGGCGGAUCCAAACCAGCUUCGGUUCUUCUUUCCUCCUCGACUCGACUCAUCCUAACAAAUCAGCACGUCUUAACAGGUCGAUUCUCUUUUCUUUGUCACACUGUAAAUAUCUUAAAUAAAGUUAGAUUAUUCCAAUAAAAAGAGAAAAUGUCUUUCUGGAAACUCGAUCUUCACUGAAAACAAAUAAUAAA